AUGUCGUCCCCGUCCUGGCCGCCCACGCUCACCCCCGAGCAGAUCUCCGCGCUAACGACCCUCGCCACGACCUACGCCCUCUCGCACGGCCUGCUCUACCUCCCCCCGGGCGCCCCGCAGCCCCCCGCGCCCACCUCCGCCAUCCACGCCCCGCUCUCUCUCCUCCCCAGCCCCUUCCCGCGCGCCCUGUUCGACCACGCGCACAAGAUCGCGAGCAUCUACAAUGUCCUGUACGCCCGCAUCGCGAUGGACUGGGCCUUCCUCGACGACGUGAUGGGCGCCGAGCGCGGCGCGGGCCAAGUCGACGCCUUCGUCGGCGAGCUCUGGCGCGGCUGGAAAUCGAUCCGGGACGACUACCCCCAACCUCUCCACCUCGGCCUCUUCCGCUCCGACUACCUCCUGCACACCUCGGACGGCGACGGCGGCGCCCCGCCCUCUCUCAAACAAGUCGAGUUCAACACGAUCUCGUCCUCCUUCGGCGCGCUCUCGGAACGUGCCGCGGCGCUGCACCGCUACCUCCUCGCCGCGACGUCGUCCUACUUCGGCGCCUCCCCGGGCGUGCUCAAGCCCGACAACUUCCCUCCGAACGAGACGACGCGCGGGUUGGCCGAAGGUCUCGCCACCGCGCACGCGGCGUACGGCAACCCAGACGCGUCCAUCCUCUUCGUCGUCCAACCCGGCGAGCGCAACGUGUUCGACCAACGCUGGCUCGAAUACGAGCUCCUCGAAAGACACCACAUCCGCGUCCUCCGCCAAACCCUCUCCGACCUCUCCGCCUCCGCCUCCCUCUCCCCCACCACCCACGCCCUCCUCCUCCACCCCUCCCACCCCCCGUCCCCACCCACCGAGAUCUCCGUCGUCUACUUCCGCGCCGGCUACACCCCCUCCGACUUCCCCCACCCCGCGACCUACACCGCCCGCCUCCUCCUCGAGCGCUCCCGCGCGAUCAAAUGCCCCUCGCUCCCGCUCCAGCUCGCCGGCGCCAAAAAGGUGCAACAGGUCCUCACCCUCCCCGGCGUCCUCGAGCGCUUCCUCCAACCGCCCCACCCCGGCAAAACGUACCGCGACGACGAGCUCGCCGACCUCCGCGCGGGCUGGAUGGGCAUGUGGGCGCUCGACGACGACGGCGGCGUGGAUCGCGCGCGGAAGGAGGCGGACGGGCUCGUGCUCAAACCCCAGCGCGAGGGCGGGGGCAACAACGUCUACCGCUCCUCCAUACCCGGAUUCCUGGACGCCUUGCCCCGGGAAGAACACAAAGCGUGGAUCGCGAUGGAGCUCAUCCGCCCGCCCGACGGCGCGGGCAACUACCUCGUCCGCGCCGGCGGGAACGGGAACGGGAACGGGAACGGGGACGGGGACGGGGGAGGCGGCGCGGUGAAGGCGGACGUGGUGAGCGAGCUGGGCGUGUUCGGGUGGGCGCUGUUCGGCGCGGGUGUGGGGGAGGAGGAGGAGGCGGGCGGGGUGAAGGAGGCGACGGCCGGGUGGCUGUUGCGGACGAAGGGGAGGGAGAGCGACGAGGGAGGCGUCGCCGCGGGGUUUUCGGUGCUGGACUCGGUGGUGCUCGUCGACUGAGGCGCGGGGCACCGGAGAAAAACAAAGAAGAACCGAUAUAGAACGCCGAGUGUGUAUCGUAAAACCCGCUCUUG